CCGCCCCGCCCCGCCCCGCCCCGCCCUGCCCCGCACACCUCCCGCAGGGAUGGGGCAGUGCGCUGCCGAGGACUCCUAGGACUCCGAGGACUCCGAAACCCGGAAGGCCUCCAACAUCAUGUGGUACAUCAGCACCAGGGGCAUGGCCCCACGGGUCAACUUUGAGGGGGCCCUCUUCUCUGGCUAUGCACCGGAUGGAGGUCUCUACAUACCAGAGGAGCUCCCACAGCUGGACAGAGAGACCCUGUGUCACUGGAGCACACUUUCCUAUCCCAGCCUGGUCAAGGAACUGUGUGCCCUCUUCAUUGGCCCAGAGCUCAUUCCAAGAGAUGACUUAAGUGGUCUAAUUGACCAAGCCUUCAGCAGAUUCCACCACAAAGAAGUGGUUCAUCUUUGCAGACUGAAGAAUGGGCUGAACGUGUUGGAGCUGUGGCAUGGGGUCACAUAUGCCUUCAAGGACCUGUCCCUGUCAUGUACAGCACAGUUCCUACAGUACUUCCUGCAAAAGAGGAAAAGACAUGUCACCAUUGUUGUAGGAACUGCUGGGGACACAGGGAGUGCUGCCAUUGAGAGUGUUCAAGGGGCCAAGAACAUGGACAUCAUCGUUCUAUUGCCCAAAGGUCGCUGCUCGAAGAUUCAGGAGCUCCAGAUGACAACGGUGCUGAAGGACAAUGUCCAUGUGUUUGGAG